AUGUCUGACUCCACAGGUGCUACUGCGACACCGGCUCCGGUGGAAGUCCCGCCCACCGUCGAUACGGCAGCGGUGCGGGAGCUGCUGGGAGCGAUGAAGGUUACUUUGGGGAACCUGCAAACGUUCCGCACUUUGAAUGAGCAGUCGGCUCAAGUCUCGUCGCUGGGACCCACGAUGGAGAUGGCAGUGACCCAACUCUCCUCUCUGCGCCACCAGAUUAGGAAUCAAGAGAAGGAGCAGGACAUCCGAGUCAAUGAGAUCAGGCGGAUGAUCAAGGAGGAGAUCAAAGUCAAAGCCGCGGACGAGAUGGGGCAGCAAAUCCGGGAAACCAUCAGGCAAGAGAUCACGAAGCAGGCGAAGGAGCAAAUCCUCCUGCAGACCAGCGAGGUGCUCCCCGUCCCACUUCACAAACAAGCGGAGGAGAGUCGGCGUCAUAUCGAGGAAGUCAAGAAUGCUCUGGCGAACUCGGAGGCGAGGCGCAAGAACUCGGUCUUGAGGCCGAGUCCUAGCAACCUCACCGACGACCUCGCCCUCGUCUUGCGGCCAGACGGUCAGAAGAGCAAGCUGUACCCGGCCAACCUCCAUUCGCUGUUCGCAUACGACUACAACAAGUCGAAGGCGCUCGUGAAGGACUUUGGUUUGCACGAGCAUGGAGUCCUGGAGAAGAACCUCAACGGGUUCAUGGCGCAUAUAGGAAUCCAGUUCGAGCUCGUUCCUGUGCCGUCCAGCGAGGCUACGCAGACGGGUAGCAGCGUCCUCAUGCCCAUGUCCACUUCCAAGUAG